UCAUUUCAACGAUCGAAGCGCCAGUCUGCGCUCUGCGUCAGUUUAAAUAAGAACGCCGAGUUGUUGAAUUCGUUGUCGGGUCGCUGCGCGUGUUAAUUACUGAAUUUCCAGCGGAAAUACUUGGAAAAAAUUAGUGGAAAUAUUAGAAGGGGAAAGUAGAACGCGAGUGACAGGUGCUGGUGUACAAUUUACUGGGAAUUUUGCGUAAUUAACCCUGCAAUUAGCGAAAACAUAAUCAUCAUUUACUUGUUGGGCCGUCAAUCAUCAAAUGCAACCAGUGGAAGUGUGUGCGUGCUAGAGUGAGGUGGACAGUGUUUAGUGCAAGUGCUGGGCCGCUGGCCAGACAGAGAUGACAGCAGCCACCAACCACUGGAUUUUCGAAUUGAAUGCGGACCUGGGAUUGAACGUCAAGAACGCAAACGUAACUGGAUUUCAGAUUUGAAUUGAAUUGGAUUCAUGUCGUCGUCGCGAAUGCCUUCUCCUCGUUAAUAGACCGGACUAAAAGGUAUUGAACAAUGGCGACACAUGAAAAACGAAUGUUGGAUAGAGAAGCAGUUCGUUCAGUUAUUCAACAAUGGAAUGCAAAUCGACUAGACUUAUUUGCACUAUCAGAACCCGACGAAAAUCUGCUUUUUCAUGGCGUUAUGCGAUUUUACUUUCAAGAUGCAGGUCAAAAGGUAGCAACAAAAUGUAUUCGAGUAGCAUCAGAUGCUACUGUUUCAGAUGUGAUAGAAACGUUAAUUGAAAAAUUUCGGCCGGAUAUGCGUAUGCUAUCUCUUCCUAACUACGCCUUGUACGAAGUGCAUGCUAAUGGCGAAGAAAGAAAACUUAAUCCAGACGAAAAACCCUUAUUAGUACAAUUGAAUUGGCAUAUCGAUGAUAGAGAAGGAAGGUUUUUAUUAAGGAACAUAGAUCAAAAAAGUAGUCAGAUUGAAACGGCAGAUACAAAUUUCAAACGAAAAUUAUCGAAACGCGAAAAAAAGGAACAGAAAAAACGGGAAAAAUUAGCUAAACUAAAUUCUGAUGGUGGAGACAGUGAAAAUCAUGUAGCUGAAAAACUAUACACCGAACUACCAGAAACAUCCUUCACCCGAUCAAUAUCAAACCCAGAAGCUGUAAUGCGGCGACGAAGACAACAAAAACUCGAGAAAAAAUUGCAACAGUUUCGAUCUAAAGACGGAGGACCAGAUACAGGUGGAACACUUAAAAUCUACGGCGAAAGUUUAUGUCGUGAUGUCCCUUAUAAAACAUUGUUAUUAUCCAUACGUGAUUGUGCUCAAGCUGUGGUUCGUGAAAUGCUCACGAAAUAUGGCUUAGAUAAGGCUGACCCAUUACAUUAUUGUUUAGUGCAAGUAAAUAGUGACGGUACUGAAUACAUUUUAGACGAUGAUGAAUACCCAUUGUCGAUACUUAUGAAUCAUCCGACGUCAAGAGGUUCCAUCAUGUUUCAUGUACGACGAAGACCAGCUGAUUCACAGCCAAGACGACGCAAAAAGAAGCCUCUUGGCGUUUCGAAUGGAUCGAACAGUAUAUCAAGUGAGCGGGAGGGUCCGAUGCUAGUUGAAGUAACGCAUAGUGGUGAUGGAGGUCGACGAAUUAAAUUGAGCAGCGAUCCAGUUGAGGUUGGCUCGGCGAAUACAAACACAUUGCAGCUAUUCGGACCUUCGAUACAAGCUCGACAUUGUCUGAUUUCAUUGCUGGAAGGAGUGUGCACAGUAACACCUUUACACGCGGACGCUUUAACGUUCGUGAACGGGCAUCAUAUUCAACAACCAACUGUUCUACAUAACGGCUCAGUCGUCAUGUUUGGAAGAGUCGCAUCUUAUCGCUUCAUCGAUUCGCCAUCUGAUGGGCGCUACAAUUUGGCUUUAUCACAAUCGCAAUUGGAUUCAGCCUGCUUAUACGAAAGUCGAUCACCAAUUUCCCCAUCAUGGAACGAAGAGGAUCGUGCUUUGAGCCCGAUCAAUUCUAUUACACAAGGACCAAUUCAUAGCGCAAAGCAAACGUAUCUGGACUCAACGGAUUCUGUACUUACGCAGAAUCGUCGAACUGAUUUUGAAAAGAUACAUCACAAUAGCAAUCCAUCAAUGUUGGGAGCAGAUGAUAAGGGACGCAAUAGUUAUCUGAGUCAAAGUGGAGAUGGAAUGAAAACAAAAGACUCCGAAAUGAACCUUCAUAAUGACAUGGAUGGUAAUGUGGACAAUGAAACAAAAUCAAUAUCGAGUAAUAAAUCAAGCGGGUCGAAUCAAGACACCAGAAACCCAAAAAUGACGGUCAACAAUGUCAACGAGUCGCAGAACGGAGGCCAAGAACCAAUUUUACCGGCCGUAUUGGAGUUUCCCGAAACACAUCAAGAGACUUUCCUGCGUCAAGUUAUCACAGAACUAGAUGUCAACAUUCCCACUUUCAAGCUUGCUCCUGUUUAUACUCUCUAUCUUUGUGCCAGAUAUCGAGCGUCAACCCACUAUCGACCUGAUCUUCAGCCGACAGAACGUGCACACAAAUUGACCAUUUUCCUUCAUCAUGUAGCUAAUUUGAUAUACAAUGUGGUUCAAGAUCAAUACACAGAUCCAAGGAUUUUGGCAUUUUGGAUGGCAAAUAGUUCGGAAUUCUUACAUUUCUUGAAGUCCGAUCGUCAUAUUUCAGCAUUUAGCGUUCAAGCGCAAGAAGUUUUAGCGGAAAGUGUGCAGACGGCCUUUCGUAAUUUAGUCAACUGUUUUCGCGUAGAACUCUCGCAAACUCUAAAUCAAUUUUUGUCCGAAAAUAUUGAUCACGAUUCGGCAGCGGGACUUGUGUUGACUGUCUUAGGAUCAGCUAUGGCACUAUUGCGUCGUUGUAGAGUGAACGCAGCGCUGACGAUACAAUUCUUCUCACAACUAUUCCACUAUAUCAAUGUGAUAUGCUUCAAUACGAUUGUUGCUAAUUCACAAAUGUGUACAGCCGAAUGGGGAAAAGUAAUGAGCGAAAGAUUACAGCUUUUGGAAUUAUGGGCGGAACGGCAAGGAUUGGAACUAGCUGCAGAGUGUCAUUUGGCUAAAAUCCACCAAUGCGCGCAAUUCUUGCAGGCACCAAAAACAACUGUAGAAAACGUACAGCAACUGGUAUGCUCUUGUUUCCGGCUGAAUUCACUACAAAUGGCUGCUUUACUGCAACAAGAAAAAAUACCGCGAAAUCUGGUAGAUACUGUAAUUCGUAUGGCCGAAUCAGUAGCUGAUGAACUGACAAGAGCAGACGGACGUGAAGUACGACUCGAGGAAUCACCUGAAUUACAUCUAGCUUUACUCCUGCCCGAUGAUGGAUUCAGCUGCGACGUAGUGCGUGGAAUUCCAUCAGGAUUAGUUGACUUUUUGAAUCCUCUACAAGGAGCUGGUAUGUGCAGACUGGCGGCGCAGCCCACAAGUGUUGGUCUAUGGACCGUUUACAUGCAUCAGUUCAAUCAAGCUCGAUCGCCUAGUGCUAUGUCGAACAAACUUCCACAACCUGAAGUACAAAUUAUAAAACUACAUAAAAAUUCAAAUGGAAUGGGCUUGUCUAUAGUAGCUGCAAAGGGUGCUGGACAGGAGCGUCUUGGUAUUUACAUCAAAUCAGUGGUCCCAGGAGGUGCAGCGGAUGCAGAUGGUAGAUUACAAGCCGGUGAUCAGCUGCUAAGAGUGGACGGUCAAAGUUUAAUUGGGAUAACUCAAGAGAGAGCUGCUGAUUAUUUAGUUCGAACGGGUCCAGUGGUAACUUUAGAAGUGGCAAAACAAGGGGCAAUAUAUCAUGGCCUAGCUACGCUACUGCAGCAACCAAGUCCGGUCAUUCAAAGAGGUAAUCGUAGAAUGUCCGAACGAGACUUGAGUCGUAUGGGAACAGAUACAAAGACUCAAACUUCAGCGGCACCGAAUCAACAUCUACCAAAUAGUAAAUCUGUUCCAGCACUUCACCACGUUGGUAGCUUAGGCAUGUCAAAUAAAUCAAGAAGCAUUCACAAUCUUGUAAAUAACAAUGAUCAAGGGUUUUAUCAGAAUUUAAGUGUGUAUAGAGCUCAAAAUCAAAGUCACCCUUCACUGGGCGAAAGACCCCCCAUACAUAACCAACAGCCAGCGACAAUAAACGUUGCUGGUGGACCAAUGUCGAUGCCAGCGACAACAACGAAUCUCUCAAAUCAAUCUACUGUAUUAAGCCGUCCAAUUUCAGCCUACUAUAAUAGCAAUAAUACACUUACAAACACUAUGCCUUCAUCGAGUUCCAUGUCCUAUAUUACAACCACAUCGCAAAGCACGCUUAACAGCAAUAACAUCAAUGACAACAUAUCCAAUAAUAAUCAACCACAAUAUCAAACUAUGCAAAUGAAUAAUCGCAUGAAGAACAACAAUGGUUUCUUACGUGAUAAUCAAUCACAACAAAGCUUACGAAUGAACCAAAUGAUGGCUCCAUCAAUGCCAAACAUUGCGAAUUCCAGCGGCUAUGCCAGCAAUAUUUCUGCAAGUCAAAGUAUGCAAAAUGUGAAUAUGAUCAGCAACAAUCAGCCGGAUUUUUAUCACCACAGCCCAUAUUUAGGAAACAAUUCUAACGUUUUACCCCCUCCGGAACAUCAACGUCUUUCCGCAAAUCAGGCAAUUUCUCAUCUUCGGGGACAAGCGAAAAUUUCUGAAAUGAGUGAGAUGAUCAACCGUAGAAAUCAACGGCAAGAGCAAACACUGACCCCUAUGGACUUACAAGCGCAUAAUCAGCUUGCCGGGCCUGGUGCAAUGCAGCACCCAAACCUGAUGAAUUCAAGCUUGGCUAGACAAAAUAUGUCAAUGUCUAGUCCGCAGAUGCAACAAAUGACUCCCAUAAAGCAAUUACCUCCUACAGCGCCAAAACCGCAUCUGGGUCGACAUCCACAGCAACCGCCAUAUAUUCCAAAUAGCGAAGAGUCUUCUCCACCACUUCCCCCAUCAACGACUCAUCCUCUUUAUAAAAACAGCAGCCUACCGUCUGGCGGAAACAUCAACUAUAUAGCGAGCUCGCUAGACCCUCCCAAAGUUGCCUAUUAUCCAGUAAACGCUAAUCAAUCACAGGCCGGAAAGAACUUCGUUGGUGCAAACCCCUGGGAGAGAGAAGAGCGUGAGAAAGAGCAUGAACUUCGUCGUGAACAAAUUCGCCAUUGGAGGGAUCAGCAAAUCGUAGAGCUGUCAGUUUUACCUCACAGAACGCCUCAACAAGAGGAGCAACUGAAAACCCUAGUACUCGAACGUGAUUUCGAGCGUCGGGCUCAGGAGGUUGAAGAUCAGGAAGAUGAAGGCGAAGCUCCGUACACUAAGGAAAAUGUGCAAGAAGUAAUAAGACUUUCUAAUCAACCGAUCCCAACACCUGUAACUAAUAUGAAGCAAAUCGACAUUCGAAGCGUUCCCCCGCCAAUGGCUCAUACUCAACAUUCUCCUCCCGCUAGUGAAACAUCUCAGUCAUCACCACCUAUGGCAGAUGCACAACAAUCAUUCCAAGGAUAUCCCAUCCAGCAAAGUCAAAUUGUUCCAACACCAACUGUACAACCGAAAAGUAUUCUAAAGAAUAAUCGUUAUGACGGAUCGAAUUCGAAUACACCGUCAUCGCCAUCGAAAUCACAGAAAUCAGCGAAAUUCGCUGAUGAUCGACGAUUACAAACUGAUCACUCUAUAGCGCAACUUUCGAAAGAAAUAGGUAGCAUUAACCUGUCGCCUGCAGAAACCGAUUCUAGCUAUGUGAAAUCUGUUCAGUCCAACUCGGAGAUGAAUGAUCAUAAGUUGCAACACCCCCAGCAUUUUCAGCCAAAGGAAUCACCAUCUGAUUCAUAUACGCAAAACAAUAGCCUCUUGACUGCUCCGCCUCCGCCCCCGGAGCGGAACAGUUCAUAUGUGGUAAUGUCACAACAACAGAAAUAUCGAAGCAAUAACCUCCUCAGUACGAAACCGCCAAUUUCGAGCCCAAUUCUCGAUCAUCCUGCUACAGCACCUAAACGACCGCCACUGAAUAACAACUCCAUAGCCAACAUUCAAUCGGCCACAACAACAAUGACGAACAACAGCAAUACGCAACAGAUGACAAUGGUGACAACUUCUACUGUAAUAAGUAGCAGCAACACGAACAGUAUUGGACGUGAUGGAAAACGUGUGUCCUUCCAUGACGAUGAUAACAAUUUCAUUCCUCCACAAGAAUUUCUGGGUGAUAAAAGUGAUUUGGACAUGAUCAGAGAGGAUCCAAAUAAAUUCCUUGAAGAAACAACCGCAAUCCUUCAAUCGCCCACUACUCCAGAGGGCGAAACCUGGAAUACGUCGAUACAACAAACACCAGGUGUGAUCGGUGCCCAGGAAGUUUACAGAGACCCACGUCAAAGGCGUUUACAAGAGCAACAACAGAAACAACAGCAAAAAUCUGGUGAUGGCGUGCCGGAAAAGCUUUCGUUUAAGGAGAAAAUGAAAAUGUUUGCCUUAGAAUCUGGCGAAGAUCAAACACCAAAAGACAAAUUGAAAAUAUCACGAGCACAGCGGGAUAUUGACGCUGUACACUAAGCCAUUCUUCGUGUUUUUUGUUUUAUAUAUAUUACAAAUUCACGUUCUCAGUAGGAUAAGCAUUUUAGCUGUACUUUAAGGGAUAAAUAUUUAAACACAAUUCAAUAAUAAUUCGGGAGAUAAUAUUCACCGUAACAUUACAAUCGUAGAUUGGUGCGUUGGAAUCUAUGUUGCAUUUUUCAAAGUAGAUACAUAGAACCUGGAACAUACAAGCAAAACCUAUCAAAAGGAAAUCAAUUAUUCUAAAGACCAAACUCCUAAGUGUCCCACAUAUUGAAACUGUAAGCAAUGUAUUCGAAAUAUUUAAAAGGACAACAUUCUGUAGAAUUUACAUACUAAAAGGGAGCAUCAGAAGCACUUGGAUAGCAAAUGAAAUGCAGGAUCUGAUGUAAACAGAACUUAUGAUGAACUUAUCUACUUUUAUUAUCAAUUCAUUCACGAAUACUUAUUUACUUUGAUAUUGAGCAAGGAAUAUUAUUAUACUUACAAAUUUACUGUAAACACAUUACAACUUUCACACUCGUAUACACUUUGAAAGGACCAAAAAAGGAAUUUAUGAUCAAUUACUAAUUUUUACGAAAGUUAGAAAGUGAGAAAUAUAUAUUUGAAAAAAAAAAUGUAUUCUGUUGAGAAAAUAUAUAUUUCCUUUACUAGCAUAAUUUUGUAAAGAGAUUUUAUUAUUCAUAAAGAUUUUAUUGUUGUUGUAUUUUAAUAAAUAAAUAUUGGAAAAUACAAAAAAUAAUGUCAAGUUAAAAAUUAGAGGAUACAACUUUCUGAAAACUAUGAAACAUUGACGCGGAACGUGUAAAGCGGAUUUUUAUGAAAAAUCAAUUUAUAGAAAACUCUACUGUAUUAAAGAGCCAAUCAAGAAGUAUGGAACAAAUAUAUGAUAUCAAAACUAAUAGAA